AUGGAUCUCGACAACAUCAGACACAGAUCGGUCAGCCAAACCUCACUUCACGGCACUUAUCAAACCAAUGGAAGGGUAGCCGACACUCCCAGAUUGCGGUCUCCAUCUCAACCACAUCUGCCUUUCCAGAGCUUGAACGAAACCUCUGCUCUCCUGCGCUCUCCUGGGCCUUUAGAGAGCAUGCUUAAAACAACCACAGAAACAGGAGAUCUCGGCGUCUAUUCUAUCAACCCCCCUCCAUCUCAAGGCGCAUGUCAUCGACCUCCAAGUUCAAGGCCCAGUCAUAGAAAGGUCAGACGAAACUCUCGACCUCAUCAUAAUGAUUUUAAGGAUAGGCCAGCACGGGACGACCGAAAAUCGCUGCCCUCAUACCGAGAUACCACUUCUGAAAUCAUCUCGCUAUAUGGCACCCCGACAGCUCCUUAUCAGAGAUCUUUCUCGCCUGCAUCGGAAGGCCAACGAAGCCACUCUUUAACGACAUGCAGCUCAAGGCGGUUUCCCUCCUUUAAGUCUUCUGGAACUUUUCACAGCCAACAAAGUAAUGGCGGUCUUCAGCGUCCUCGAUCACCGUUCCCGUACCCAACACGCCUGAAGCGACCUGGAGUCCGGCCCUCUUCUCCGGCAAUGACAGAUAAUGGCUACAUUGAUUAUAGUAGAAUGGUUGAGAUCGAUAGGUCUUUGCAUGCUAGUGGCCCCUAUUCUCUCGUACUGGGCUUCAAUCUGACACCUUACAGCGCACUAGUUAUGGGUACCAUACGCACAGAGGCCAUCCCGAUCGAUGUCUUCAUUGCCGUCGCGUUCUUCAUCGGCGCCUUAUUGCGGCCCAGGCGUCAACCCAUCAAGAACACCAAGCGGGGCAUUGUAUCAACCAUCCAGAUCCCCUCAUCAUCAGCACCUCAGAUGUACCAGGCAAGGUCGCCAGAAGAGUCCGUACAGCCUCUGCGUUCGCCAGGUUCAUUCUACUACGAUUACAGCGAAGAAUUCAACGCGAAAUAUUCAGACGAUUAUGGGUAUGCGUCGCCCAUUCAUUCACCACCAGGAGAGACCAUUGACACAUUAAGAGCGGGUGAUAUAACAACACCACGAGAUGUGCCCCCCGCAACCGAUUACAAGGAUAUGGCAACUGGAAAUGAGUUACGUGGGACAAGUGACUAUGUAAGUGACUACAGAACUACUCCCUCACGAGAGAGAAAGGAGCCCAACCUAGAUUCGGGAUCGAACCACGAAAGUGUGUCAGACCCCAGUCCUCAGCGGCAGAUGAUCGACGGAAUUAAAGGCUGCCUUGAUAUGAAGCAAGCUUCGAUUCCAAGCAAGAGGAGAUGUUCAUCUUCAACACCACCGGCUUAUGCCCAGACAGAAACACUUUUUUCCGUGUCCUCUUGUAACCCAAAGACACCAGGUGUUCGUGCCGUUGCGUGUGGCACUCGUGCAGACCCUAGAGCUGGACAGUCGAAGGAAAACCAGCUUGUGACCUCAACUCGAGUGGAACGUGGCUCCUCUGUUCCGUCCACCGACACAAGCAAAGAUGAAUGGAUUUGGGGAGAAAAUGAUGAUGAUCAAGAUACUCAGGGAUCCGCCGAUGCCUCUCCUGAGAUGUCAGCUCCUUUCCCAAAGACAUUUCCUGCUAAAGUGGAAAACGGCACUAUAGAGCCGCCUAUUCCAAAGGCAACAAAGGGACGCCAUCGCCGAAACCCUGCCAACGCCAACAUCAAAAUGGACAAUCGGAAUGCAUUGGCGAUUUCCAGGCACAUUCAAGGCAAAGAAAACAUUGGUCCUGCAAUUCUUGCACCCAACCCGAUCUCGCCUGCGCAUCAACUCAGGAUGACGAACAGUAUCCCUCAGCUAAUGAAGGCAUUGCCACCUUUACCUGAUGAAGCGCAACACAAUACUGAAAUUCCAUAUGGGACUUCAUCCAUAGGCGACAGAGCUCCUACACAUCUUAUGUUUGCUAGCAGUCCUGCCUAUACAGCGUCACUCAGUAAGUCAGGACCUACGAGGAGUGCUACCGUACCGCGUGCGAACCCUACACCUUGUGGUGGGGAAUCGGCAAAACCAUCUCGCGAUCAGAUCCCAUCAAAUCCGUCACGGUUCAAAGUUCGUCUAAGAUCCUCUCGCUCAGCAGGAUUGCAUAGCAAAUGGAGUAUGGAGUCUUUGGGUGUUCCUGAGAGGGGUUCCAGUAAUCCUAUCAAACCCAGGCUUAAACUCAAAGUAUCACGAAACAGGUUGAGUAGCGGCUUUCUGGGCCCUGAAGGCACCGUCGUUCGCAACACCGGUCUUCAGCAGCAUAGCUCACUCCUGGAGUUGAAGAAUUUUCCUCAAAGGGGUGCUCUUAAAACACGAUCCAGCUUUAGAGAGGCACUUGAGGAACAAUUGGCUCAGCUUGGUACUGAUAAAAGACUUUCCAACAUUGAUGAAGGAACUGUUCGGGGACCUGCGCGGCAGCUGUCUGACCAGUUCGAUAUUCCUUACCCCCCUUCGACGAAAGGAAUAGUAAUGGCCGAGCUAGUAACGCAACCGAAGUUUGAAAGUGGAACAGAGUUAUUUGGACGACGACGACCUUCUGACAGGGGAGCGCAUCUGAAACCUCUGAGCAAAAAGUCGUCAUUCUUCCAGCCAAGGAAACCACGAAUGAUCAACCGAAGAAAGUUCAAGAGCACAUCAAACACGUAUGGGAGCGACGCAACACCAUAUAGAUCCAGCAAUACUCGCGAUAGCUCUUCAGACGAUUCUGUCUUAGCACCUAGCCACAUCGACAUGAUGCUGUCACGAAGAUUACGCAACAAAACACGGCGAGUGAAGCGUUGGGCAACAGAAGCGAGAAGAGCAGUGCGGACAUUGAUGAGAAGAACUCUCAUUUGA